AUGGGUGUAGCUGGCACGUUAAAAGUAGUCAUUAACGUAAAUAGAGUUAGUCGAGCAGUCGCCGUACAACUAGGUAACUACGACCACAGCGGCCACGCUACGCCAGCGUUUGACACGUACUGCAAGGAGAACAAGAUUAUCACUCUCUACAUGCCACCUUACAUCUUCUCACUACUUAAUCGUGUGUACGGACGUGAGAUUGAGGAGCUUGUGCACUAG